AUGAAGUCGGCCGCAAGUAUUUCUCAAACACAGCGCUUCAGGCAUGAAAACGGGUCAGGGGUUGAAAAGGUGAGAAGAAUGCAUCCCGUCCACUCAUUAGCUUCUUAAAGUGGAAGAAAAUGAGCUCAUAUUUUACAAAGACGCGAGUAUUUGGAUCAUGGCUACUAGCAGGGGGGUGCAUUCGGCAGGGAUGCAUUCUACGACACAACACCGGCGUGGAUAAGUCCUGCUUCUCGUGCUUAGUUUGUGUAUUAAGUCAAUCACAUGAUAAUUAAAAAAAAUAAAUCUCCCGACCCCGGGAGAAAUGUUUCAGUGUUCAGACACCAGGCUGUGGGCAGUUUCCCACACAGUUAAAACUGGUAGUAUGCUAUUCCCACCUAAAGCUAUUCUGUUUAUUUAUAUAUUUGUUUGUUUUGUUUAUUUUCAUCAAAAGACUAUUUAAAUAUUUAUUUAUCAGAUUUUCUGGUCACUUUAGUCUUUAUGUUUGUCAGUAUUUACUGACGUCACUCAGGCCACUUAAGUUGAUCUCUUUUUUUUUUUAGUUCGUUUUUAAAAAACUUUCAGUUGUGGUAAAAUAAAAAAGGUGGUUGAAUAAAGGUUUGAAUUUGAAUUCAGUGCUUGUGUGUUCUUUAUUAAAAGUAGGUCAUUAAGCAAUAGCAUAAAACAUCCAGGGCUGCAAUUAAAAUAUAUGUUAAAUAAUUAUAAUAAUUAUAUCGAUAAUUAUCGAUAUCGAUCAAUAUGACUUAUUUUUUAUCGAUAUGCUUUUUUUCUAUAUCGUCCAGGCCUACUGUUCCGUAAUAUUCCCCAAAGCUCGUCUGGGUUUAGAUCAGAAGGCAGCAUCUUGUUUUGACUCUGGAUCUGAUUUUGUUUUGAGAAGCCAACAAGCUAACUGGUGCGCAGGAAGUGUCAUGAUGGACAGGGGGAUCCUCGACGGAGGAACAGAGGCCGACAUGAGCAGCAGAGAUGAUCAGGAGGAACCGUGA